GCGAGCAGCACGUAGUCAAUAGUCUUGCAACUCUUCAAGAACUUUUCAGCAUUGUUGGACUUUGUCGUUUUUAUUUUUCGGACAAUAAACGGGUGUCCUCGUUGAGAAUGGACGAUAUCCAGGUUGAGUCGAAGCCUCUGAUUGUGGACAAGGAUUUGCAGGGGCUGAGGGAGGCUGUCCAGAAAUUGGAAAUCAAGGAACAUGACGUGGAGACGCCGUAUGGCAGAAUCCACUGUACCAUGAAAGGAGUUCCUAAGGCUGACCGGCCCGUCAUCCUCACCUUUCACGAUAUUGGACUGAACCACAAAAGCUGCUUCGACACCUUGUUCAGCCAUGAGGAUAUGCAGGAGAUCAUGCAGCACUUUGCUGUUUGUCAUGUCGAUGCCCCAGGACAGCAAGAAGGAGCCAAUACAUUCUCCACUGGAUAUGAGUACCCAUCCAUGGAUCAGCUCUCUGAGACUCUUCCAUCAAUCCUGAAACAUUUUGGACUGAAGAGUGUGAUCGGCAUGGCUAUUGGAGCCGGUGCUUACAUACUUUCUAAAUUUGCUUUGGAUUACCCUGCUAUGGUGGAAGGCCUCGUGCUAAUAAACAUCAACCCAUGUGCUGAAGGCUGGAUGGAUUGGGCCGCACACAAAAUCUCUGGUUGGACUCAUGCUAUGCCUGACAUGAUCAUCUCUCACUUGUUUGGAAAGGAGGAAAUUCAGCAGAACCAUGACCUCAUUGGCAGGUACCGUCACCACAUUGUGAAUGAAAUGAACCAGUACAAUCUGCAGCUCUUUGUCAAGUCAUACACCAGCCGAAGAGACCUGGAAAUUGAAAGGCCUGUACCUGGUGGCCACAUCAAUGCCAGAACCCUAAAGUGUCCUGCACUACUGGUGGUUGGAGACAGUUCUCCUGCUGUGGAUGCUGUGGUCGAGUGCAACACAAAGCUGGACCCGACCAAAACCACACUGCUUAAGAUGGCUGACUGUGGAGGCCUGCCUCAGGUCGACCAGCCUGGGAAGCUAACAGAGGCUUUCAAGUACUUCAUUCAGGGCAUGGGCUACAUGCCCUCUGCCAGCAUGACCCGCCUGGUCCGCUCCCGCACCGCAUCCGGAUCCAGCAUCACCUCCUUUGACGGCAACCGCAGCAGGUCACACACCAACGAGGGCAACCGCAGCCGCUCGCACACCAACGAGGGCCGAGCCCGAGCUCACACCUCCGAAAACCAGCGCGGGCGCUCGCACACCGACAACAUGGACAGUUCUGUGGACCAGACCCCCAAGUCCACCGAAGUGUCCUGUUAGACUCACACGCAUGCAUUAUAAACCAAUCUGUUCUGACUGUGCUGCGCUGCCACUAACUCACACACGCACGCCGUUUCCCUCUCUUUUCAGUAGUCCGAGAGCAUUUACGCCAAAGUGUGCUUAAGACUAGAUUUCCUCAGGGGGAAGCGCUGAGUUUCUGAGGGAGUGGAUGGAGAUUUUCCACUCUGCACAAUGGCUGUCUUGUUGGUGGUGGUGUUGUUGUUGUUGUUGUUGUUAGAGGCAAUGCAGCACAGAGACAUCGUGAUGGUCAUCAUCCAAGUAAGAUGGCCAGGUUUUAUUUUUUUGGUUUGUUUUGGUUGUUGAUCUGUAGUCUGCAAUUUGUUUUCUCUCAUUAUACCACAUUUUACAUGCUAGUUUGAGUGCAUAAUUAGUUGUAUAAUCUGUAUAUGCUGAAUGGACCUUGUUGACUGGAAGAGGGAUUGCUUGACAACAGAGUAGAGAUGAAUUUCCUUUUUUUUUUUUUUUUCUUCAUGAUGCUAACCUUCCUAAGUGUUGACCUGCGUUUUCCAUGUUGGGAGUGUCCUGUUAUUUUGGGUUGUAUUUGUAACUUUGUGAUUGACGCUCUUAAAAGUGAUUUUAAAUGAUUUGUAUGGGGUCAAAUGAAUUUUGAGAUUAGUUCAAAUUUAACCAAUUUGUAGAUAUAAGAAUAUAAGACAAUGGCUGUAUAUGAGUAUUAUAAUAUUUUGUUUGUUUAUAACUUUUAUGAUAAUGAUGAUGAUGAUGAUGAUUUCUAUGCAAUCAAGCACAACAGAACAAAUGUGCCAUGGAUUCCUCUACUGGGACUGGAUGCUUUUUUUGUUUUCUCAAGGCUUUGAAAGAGUGAAGGAUCGCUCGGAAAGAGAUGAAUAGAAGCAACUCACCUGCUCUUCCACACACACAGACACACACACACAUACACUAAAAUAAAUGCUUGCAGCUUGGUAAGGCACCUCGCUUUGUAAAGAUGUAAAACAACUUGAUGCACUGCAUUUUUAAUGGAAUAACAGUUUGUAUUUAUUAAAAAAAGGAAAAUAAAAAGCUGGUUACUUGA